CCGGCGCGGCCCGGCGCGGCCCGACAGCAGCAGCGAUGGAGCAGUUAUCAGAUGAAGAACUUGACCAUGGUGCUGAGGAAGACAGUGACAAAGAAGAUCAGGAUCUGGACAAAAUGUUUGGGGCUUGGCUUGGGGAGCUAGACAAACUUACACAGAGUUUGGAUACUGACAAGCCAACACAACCAGUAAAAAGAUCUCCUCUUCGCCAGGAAACAAACAUUGCCAAUUUUUCUUAUCGUUUCUCCAUGUACAAUUUGAAUGAAGCCCUGAAUCAGGGAGAAACUGUGGAUUUGGAUGCCCUGAUGGCUGAUCUUUGCUCUAUUGAGCAGGAACUCAGUAGCAUUGGGUCUGGAAACAGUAAGCGUCAAACUACAGAAACAAAAGCUGCUCUGAAAUUACCUGCUGGCCGACAUACCUUGAAACAUGGCACCCUGAAAGGAUCGUCCUCUUCAUCUAAUAGGAUAACUAAGCCUUCACCUGCCAACUACUCCUUGGAUGACAUUACUGCACAAUUAGAACAGGCUUCUCUCAGCAUGGAUGAAGCUGCUCAGCAGUCAAUAAUGGAAGAUGCCAAGCCUACAGUGAUUAAUCAGCACAGGAGAACAGCAUCAGCAGGUACUGUAAGUGAUGCUGAAGGACGCUCUAUUAGCAAUUCAUCUCGUUCAAGCAUCACUUCUGCGGCUUCCAGCAUGGAUUCUCUGGAUAUUGAUAAGAUGACACGUCCUCAAGAACUAGAUCUGACACAUCAGGGGCAACCAGUGACUGAGCAUUUUAGUCCUGUGGGACGUUCCAGCGAGGAAGCCCAGUGUCAUGUUGACUUCAUGGGAGAAGAGACUGAGCUAACUCCUGAAGAACAGGCAGCCAAAGUGAAGGCAGAAAAGAUCCGAGUGGCACUGGAGAAGAUUAAAGAAGCCCAAGUGAAGAAGCUUGUAAUUAGAGUCCACAUGUCUGAUGACAGCUCUAAAACAAUGAUGGUAGACGAGAGGCAGACAGUGAGACAAGUACUGGAUAACCUGAUGGACAAGUCACACUGUGGCUAUAGCUUAGACUGGUCACUAGUAGAGACCAUCUCCGAAUUACAAAUGGAGAGAAUCUUUGAAGAUCAUGAAAACUUAGUUGAAAAUCUUCUAAACUGGACAAGAGAUAGUCAAAACAAGCUUAUCUUUGUGGAACGUAUAGAAAAAUAUGCACUUUUCAAAAAUCCCCAGAAUUAUCUUCUGGGGAAAAAGGAAACAUCUGAGAUGGCAGACAGAAAUAAAGAAGUACUGCUGGAGGAGUGUUUUUGUGGGAGUUCUGUGACAGUCCCGGAACUUGAAGGAGUGCUGUGGCUGAAAGAUGAUGGCAAGAAGUCCUGGAAAAAACGUUAUUUUCUCCUGCGAGCUUCUGGUAUCUACUAUGUUCCUAAAGGAAAAGCAAAGGUUUCCAGGGAUCUUGUAUGCUUUCUUCAGCUGGACCAUAUCAAUGUUUACUAUGGACAAGAUUAUCGGAACAAAUACAAAGCACCUACAGACUAUUGUUUAGCCCUGAAGCACCCACAGAUCCAAAAGAAGUCUCAGUAUAUCAAGUAUCUUUGUUGUGACGAUGUUAGAACUCUGCACCAGUGGGUAAAUGGCAUCCGGAUUGCAAAGUAUGGAAAACAGCUCUACCUGAAUUAUCAGGAAGCUGUGAAGAGAACAGAGUCAGCCUAUGACUGGACCUCCUUGUCUAGUUCCAGUAUCAAAUCUGGAUCAAGUUCUUCUAGCAUCCCAGAGUCUCAGUCGAAUCACUCUAAUCAGUCUGAUAGUGGAGUUUCUGACACCCAGCCAACAGGACAUAUUCGUUCUCAGAGUAUCGUGAGCUCUAUCUUUUCAGAAGCUUGGAAACGAGGGACUCAGUUGGAAGACUCCAGCAAGGCCAGAAUGGAGUCUUUGAACCGACCUUACACUUCACUUAUGCCCCCUUUGUCCCCACAAACUAAGACAGUUGCCCCCUACACUGCUUCACAGCCAUCCCCGCCUCUCCCGCCACCUCCACCCCCUCCACCACCCCCUCCACCCCCUCCACCACCCCCUCCACCCCCUCUCCCCAGUCAGGCUGCACCUUCUUCAGUUUCAGCAGCCACAAUGUUUGUCAAAUACAGUACAAUAACUAGGCUGCAGAAUGCAUCUCAACAUUCAGGACCUCUCUUUAAACCCCCACCACCCCUGGUGACACAGCAAAUGUCAGCAGCAUCACAAUCAGGAAAACCUCAACUGCUGGUGCCUCCUAAUGGGGUAGUUCCCCCUCCUCCUCCUCCACCCCCACCUCCUACCCCAGGAUCAGCUAUGGCUCAGUUAAAACCAGCCCCAUGUGCCCCAUCAGUUCCUCAGUUCAACCCUCCACCUCCUCCUCUGAAAAUCCAUCAAGUGCAGCAGAAUGUUGUUCAGGCUACUCCCCCUGUUCCUGCACCCCCACCUCCCCCUCCUGUUCCUGCACCCCCACCUCCUCAAGCCCCUCCCAAACCUCUGGUGACUCCCCCACCAACCAGUACCAAAACUGCAUCACCUACUGUGAUACAAACCCCAUUCUCGGUUCCUACCCCUCCAAUUCCCCCAGCAAAAAAGCAGCCAGUUUUUCCCACUUCCCAGAUUCCACAAUCUGCUCCUGCUCUUCCUGGUCCAGUUCCCCCACCAACAUUACCAAAACAGAGCUUCUGUGUAAAACCACCUCCUUCCCCACAGUCUCCAGUGCCAUCUGUUGUGAAGCAGAUAGCCAGCCACUUCCCCCCUCCCCCAACCCCUCCUCCAUCAGAGCCUCUGCCUUUAAAGCCUGUGCCAUUGAGUGCGACACCACAGUCUCCCCCUGCUGUGAAAGCCAAGCCUAAGUGGCAGCCCAGCUCUGUGCCAUCCCCUGACUUUCCUCCACCUCCACCUGAAAGCAUCCUUGUAUUUCCACCUCCACCAGCAUCAACACCAGGGGUCUCUCCUGCCCCUGAUAAAAUUGGAUCUCCAGUCAAAAAGACCAGCAAGACUUCUAGUCCAGGGGGAAAGAAACCACCCCCAACACCACAGCGAAACUCCAGCAUUAAAUCGAGCAGCUGUGCAGAAUAUCAAGAGUCUAAAAGACCUUCAGUGGACAGCCUUGUUAGCAAAUUUGCACCCCCCUCAGAACCUUCAGGGUCUCCCAACAAGGAGACGCCACCUCCUCCUGCAGCUCCACCAAAACCUGGAAAACUCAAUCUCUCUGGAGUCACUCUACCUAUAAUUCUCCAACAAGGAGGCAUUUCAGCAAAAGUACCUGUUAUGAGUGGACCUGGGAAGGACUCAGUGGUCGAAUUUCCUUCUCCUCCUUCAGAUUCUGACUUCCCACCUCCUCCACCUGAAAUAGAGCUUCCUCUACCACCAGUAGAGAUUCCAUCAGUAUUUUCAGGAAACACUCCUCCAAAAGUGGCUGUUGUUAACCCUCAGCCACAGCCGUGGUCCAAGACAUCAGUGAAGAAAGCCCCUCCUCCCACGAGGCCCAAACGGAAUGAUAGUACCCGCCUCACACAAGCUGAAACCCCAGACCAACAGGUGACUGCCACCGUCAUUCCACAAGUGCCCACUUCUCCCAAGUCCAGCCUUAGCGUCCAGCCUGGAUUCUUGGCUGAUUUAAACAGGACACUGCAGCGCAAGUCCAUCACCCGGCAUGGCUCUCUCUCUUCUUCCCGAAUAUCUAGAGCAGAGCCAACUGCCACCAUGGAUGAUAUGGCAUUACCUCCUCCACCCCCUGAACUGCUCUCUGAUCAACAGAAGGCCGGCUACGGAGGUAGCCAUAUCUCAGGCUAUGCAACAUUGCGGAGGGGGCCACCUCCUGCUCCCCCUAAAAGGGACCAGAACACCAAGCUCUCUAGAGACUGGUAGCUACCACAGGAUUCUGGAUAAUUCUUCAGUCAGCUAAUCUAACCUAUAAAUUCAGGUGUUCAGCACCUCCUUGUGUAAUAGAUAAUGUGAUCAAAAUGGUAUUCAGCUGUAGCUAAGGGUAAUUGUAUACAUUCUCCCUCCCCAUCCCCCAUACUUAGUCCAAAAAUGAGUUGUGUGUUUUGGGUGGGGGGUGUGUGUGAAGGGGAUGUGUGUGUCUUAUUAUCCCUUGAUGUUCCUUUUUUUCUUUCACGUGGAUUGGACCAAAAAUCUUUCUUACUUUUCUGGAUUUGAGGUUUUUUGUAGUGUCUGUCCAUGUGCAAUGAGACUCUGUUUGUGCAUGUUUUAAAAUAUAUAUAUUGAGUAGAUCUAUAAUGGGACAUUUCUCACAAUUAUAAAAGACAACCAGAAUGUUUGGUCUAUCUAGAUUGUUUGAGUCUUCACUUUCAAGCAUAGGGAAGGGGCAUUUCAAGCCAGGAAAAGCUUAAUAUCUCAAGAGUGAUAACAAUACCAAGACAGUUUGUGACCAGCUACUAAGAAUAUAGACAUGAGAAAACCAAAACAUUCUGGGUGUAAAAACUAAAAGAAAAUAGAAAUUGUUUGGUGAUCUGGAGUAAAAUAAAUUUCUGCCACCAGUAACCUUCUACAAUGUGGCAUUCUGUCCCUGAGGAAAUAAGGGAUAAAUUACCUGUUAAUAAGCUUUGUUAGUUCAUUUUACUGUUAACCAGGAAUACCAUUUCAAUCCCUUAAGUUUCUUGAGUUUUUCCUUGAAUUUCCAUGAGCUUUUAAUCAAGUUUGGUUCCAUGUUUCUUUGUUUUAAUUCAUUAGGAUAUUCAUGUCUAGUACCAACCAUCUAAUGAUGUUAUGUUCCAGGAUACCAGUUGUCCUUUACAGUGUGUGCUUUAUGUAGCUGUAUGUAAUACACAUCUCUGCAUAAUGUGUACACACAUUAUACAAAUAUAUCAUUGCCCAAAAAACAUCUCUAGGGAGAAUAAAUACCUCGUACAUUUCUGCUGCUCUCCCUAGCAGGAGCAACUAGGAAUUAUAGGAAAGUUAAUUUAAUCUUCUAGUUCUUUGUCCUUCUUGGCAUUCAUGAAUGCAUAAAUCCACAAACACAUUUUGUAUCUUACAUGGAACUUGAGAAUAUCAUUAGACUUCAGAAGAGGAGGAGAAAGGACACAAAUCAGAAUCCUGUCUUUAUAGAUUGUGAAGGCUUAUCCAGCUACCAGAGGGUGAUCAAAUGUCAAGUUAUGCGUACUCGAUACUGAUCACCUGUUAUGCAUGUGCAGCACAGCAUAAAAUCAUAGUGGAACAACUCCAGAUCUAGUGGUGUUUUCCGAGCUAAUAUUGUUCCAUGUCAAUUUUUAUUGGGAGGGAGGGGGAGGAAGAGAUAGACAUCAGAAAUCCUGUCCUGUCACACUGAUCUUGGGGAGCGGGAGGAGCUGCUUUACACAGAACACUAUGACCUGCCCAGCAAGCAUGAGCAAAUGAAGAAAAGAUGUUCAUAUCUGUAAAGAUGAAAAUGUCAAGACUGUGACCCUAAGGAAGAAAGAAUCCAAGUAAUAGUCAUCUAGUGGGAAUAAGAAAAGAUUGAGCAAGUUUCACAAAAAAAAUCUACUGUAAAAACUUUCCCCCAUCAGAAAGCAGUGCACCCUAAAGAGACAGUAAGGAGUGAAAUUAAAGUAAGCAGCACCUCCACUAUCACAUCACCAUUCUCCUGUGUUAAUAUAGUUUGAGCAAUAAGACCAUUGUGCGUUUUAAAGCAAUGCUACUUUAAAAAGCACUUUUUUUGUAUUUUCAAUUGUUCACAAAACUUCCUGUGUUUAACAUUGAUGUGCUUAUGAAGUGUCCUUAAAAGCAUUUGCAUUGUUGAUUCUGAAGCAUGCCCUGGUUUAGCCAGCUAACACCGCCUUUGAGAAGGUGAAACUAUGCUAUUGUCCAUGGGUGCUGCUGUCAUUUUCCACAGCCUUCUACUUGCAAUUUUGUAUUGGAAGGAACACCUAUCCUACCCACCUCUUCUCUGAGGUGGAAGUAUUAAGAAAAGGAAUCCAGAUAUUUAUUUAGUACUGAGUUUAGCUGUGAUGUCAAACUUUUAUGAAGUUGGACAGAGGCCUGUUUUUUCCCUAUGAAAAAUCAGAUCUCUUCUUUCCUUCCUUGGGCCUCCAAAAUUUUUCUAGGACAAUUACAGUUUGGACAAGACUUUUAAGAAAUACUGAUUCAUUGUUCCCUAUUAGAUUCAUUAGGAUUCCCAACUUUUUCUGCCUUCUUGUUGAAGGCCAAUAAUUGUCACUCAUUUUCCCUUGAGACCAAGGACUCUUUGAAUGAGCACUAAUGGAAGUUUUUGGAGGCAAGAAUAAUGCUCUAGAUCUUUGGUAAGGAACACAUUGCAGCAAGGAAUUAGGAAUGAUUUUUUUUUUUUAAUUUUGGCAGUCUUGGUUGAACAUAUAGUCAUUCUAUCUUUGAGAAAAAUAUAAAUAUAAUACAAACUAUCAGCUUAAGAUUUACGUGUUUUCUUAUGUGGAUGCAGGAAACAACUGAAUUAUAAACUAAAAUAAAAGUUCUAGUAUACUCUUUGAGGGUUUAGAUUAUUAUUGUAGAAGGUUUUGUUUUGGUUUUUUUGCUGCUGAUAUUUUUAAAUCUUUUCUCCCCAAGGCGUUUUUGGGGAAAGAUUAGGGAUUCUUAAAAAAAAACUCUCAAACCUUUGAUUUUGGGUAUUUUUGUAGCCAUUCCUUUUUCUCUGUAGGUUCAGGGAAAUAUAUCUACUGCCAGAUGACACUAGUACUGUGCCUUCCUUUAACUGCCUCUGCUAACAAUUCCAAUCCAGCAUCCUUUUUCCAGACCAAGGAGAGAAAGCUGGAAAUCCGGCUUGGCAGCAUUAACUCCAAGGACCUCAAAUAGUUCAGCUUUAAAUUAUUGCUUUAGAUGGCAGUGUAAAUUGGUGGUUAUUACAUAUACUAACCUGCUUAUCACCUACAAACUGUACCAUUGUUGAAACUACAGCAGGAUCCAUUCUCUAUCUGGUAAUAAUGUAACUUAUAUGGUUUUUUUUUUUUAACUUAAGCAUGUUAAUGUAAACAUUAAAAUAUUCAAAAGAUACAAUGGGAUCUGGUUUUGGAAAUCAGCAUCACAAUUUUCCCAGUGUGGCUUUUGGUCAAUGAAGGGAAAUACUCUGAUUUCUCUAUUCCUCUCUAUUUGAGGCCAGUGAUUAUUAGAAGGUUGCUGUAGCUCACUAUUAGGUCAUAAUUUGCAAGUUGUUGCUUUUUUAAAUGAGAAAAAUAAGUCUGAAACAAAUUACUAGAGAAAAGGAAAAUGUCAAGCUAUGCCUUACCAAUCAUUGAUUCUUGAUUGCUCUUAAAAUUCCUCGUGCAUUUUUGGCUGUCUUUGAUUCUAAAGAGUGGUGGUCCUAAUUGUCCCUUUCUAGGAGUAGAUUUGCUAAGAGCCAGGUUAUGAUCCAAACUUGAAAAUACUCCUUGGUGAGGUUAUUUUUGAAUGAUAUUAUACCUAGAAUGGCUCUGUUCAUUUAUUAUCCACAGUGAGCUCUUACAAAGUAAAUGUCCAAGAAAUAUUCAGGGAAAGUGAUGGCAAGUUAAAUGGGGACCCAAGGUAGCAACACUAAGCAUGUUCUUCCUCUUUGUGAAUGAUUGCAACUGCCACAACCUAGUACUAAAGUAUAUAAAUGCCUUUAAUUACAUUUAGUUUAAGUUAGCGAAUAGCUACUUUUGAGCUCCUUUUUCCCCAGCUGAAGAAAGAGUGAGGGGAAAGACUUUUUCCAAAAGCUCGAGCCAAAUUUUACCAGGUUCCUGAGAGAAGCAUGGGUUUUCCCACCUGUCCAUGGCACAUUAUUCCCUCUAACCACCCCCCCUCCCCCAAAAAAGGAUAAUUUCCUUUCGUGGUUAUAUCAUUUAUUUUAAAAUUUAAGCAUUUGGUUAUAGCAAGUAAACCAUCCUGUGAACCUCUACAGUGCAGAUGUGCCUCUAAUUCAGCAACCUAAACAUCUGACUUUACACAAAAGACAAGAAAGCUUUGAUUUCACAAUGGGAUUCCUUUAAAUAAAAGCAACUUUCUGAUGAAUGCAUUGAUUGUGGCAAGGAUACAUCUGUACUCUUUUCUAAUAAAAUAAACUUGAGACUGGGUCCAAAGAAUGAAUAAUAUGAAAACUGUCUUCCACUAGGGAUGAUGGAUAAUAAUCCUUUAGGAUACAUCUUUCAUUGAACUCUGAAGAGAGAGAAAAUUUGAAUUUUCAUCUACCCAAACUAUUUGCCAUGUUCAUGUACUACAGUACAUGGCUGCCCAUUAACACGUAAGAAAUGUAAAUGUAAAUUCGUGUCUACAUAACCAAGAGUACAAAAAUAAUUACAUCUAAAGAAAAAAAUUGACCUCAUUCACACUGAAUGUAAUAAAGAAAAAUCCUGAUUCGUUCGAGCUUCUUGGAUGAAGUUGUGUGCCAAAACACUAAAGAGAUUCACUGUAUACCUUGAACUCCUUGGAGGAACAACAUUCAAGAAAUCAGUUAAGUAAAUUAAUUCAUAAUGGCUGGUGAAAGGAAGGUAUAUGUUGUCCAGGCACAGCAAAAAUGAAACCAUGGCUAUUUCAGUAGAUAUGAACAUCCCCCCAAAUGGAAUGACUUUAGCCAUGAAUGUUAGUAGGUGAGUUCAGGGCUGUCUACCAAAGAUGUAUUAAGUGUUAGGAAAGCCAAGUAAAAAGUAAAAGUAUUGCAUCUGGAAAAGAUGAUCAGCACAGAGGUAUAAACCAUGCUUUGAAAAUGGACAUUUGGACGGUGUUUGUUUCCAUAAGUAAUUUGUCAUGAAUAACUAAAUCUAUUAGCUCUUUGAGUUUAAAGAAAAUCACAGUUCAGUUAAAUUUCUUCUUAUUUUUCUAACCUUAAUAAGGACUGGCAUUAGGAAUAGUUUAACAUAAUAUUUGUAAACUUACAUUUCAAUCACAAUCACUCCCCAAAAAUAUUUUUUCUUUCUCUCUUAAAAUAAUCCUUAAGAAACAAGCAUUAAGUAGAAUAUUUCCCAUGGUUUUGCAGCUUCAUUUUGUUAGCCAUUAACGGAAUUCUGUACAGAGAUGCACAUUAAAAGUCAUUAGUCUGUGCAAAGCGUGUACUAGAUGUAAAUACAUUCAUGUUUACCACUUUUUAAAGAAAUUGCACCUUUUAUCUUUAAAUGGGAUUGCCUCCCCCAUUUCCUACUCACCCCAAAUCCUUAACCCAUAUUCGGGGGGGGGGGGAGAGGCUCUUAGAAACUCUAACUUCUACAGUUUGGGAGAGCUUUGCCAUAUAUAAAUAUAUAAAUAUAGACGUAUGUAUAAAUAUACUUUUUUAAGCAUGGGAGAGAGGACAAAAGGAACUGCAUUAUAAAAGUACCCAAGAUACAAAAAUAUGCACAAUAAGGAUGUAGUUAAAUUCAAUAUUUUUUGGUCUUGUCUUUUGCAUAACUGUAUGCUCUUAUUUCAUAAUGUGCCUUGCUCCCUGAUUGUGUGAAAUUAUAGAGAGAUAUAUUCAGUACUACUGACCAUGUUUUCAUUAUACUGCUGGAUUAAGUUAUUUUACUGAGUCACUCUCUUGCCAAUUAUUGUUAGUAAACUAUUGUAAUGGCUUAGGAUGGUGGUCAUGAGGUCAGUGUAAAUUUUUUUUCAUUUACAUGUUUCCAUUAUGUAAGUUUACUGAAACCUUAAUAAAAUAUUGGCUUCAUCUA